AUGGAAGCGUACCGCGACGCGCGCGUGCAGUUCGUCAUGAAAGUCGGCGAACUCGCGGUUUCGCCUCAGAACGCGGAGGCGCUGCUGUCGCUCGGCGCGCUGCAGCUGCUGCUGCCGCUCGCGCAGGACAGCAUGGCGUCCGUGCGAUCCGCUGCGACGCUGUCGCUGGGUCGCCUGGCGAAUGUGUCGCACACGUGGUCGCACCACCUCGUGCAGCGCAACGUGCUGCCGUCGCUCUGCAAGGCGCUCACCGGCACCAAUCGCCACCACAAGCGCUCUGCAGCAUAUCUAGUCAAGGCCGUGUCGCGCCACGCUGGCGCUGAGCUGGCAGAGGCGGGCGUGCUGCCGUUGCUGACGGAGUGCCUUCUGGAUGCCAUGCUGGCGGUGCGGGAGACUGCUGCGUGCGCAUUGGGCCACGUGGCAAAGCACAGCGGUGACCUGGCGAUGAGAGUGGUUGAGACGGGUGCAGUGCGGUUGCUGGUGACAUGCCUCCAGGACGAGGCUGUAGCGCGGAUAGCCCUCUCAGUGCUGAGUGACGUGGCACGCCACUCGCUGCUGCAUGCUACAGCCGUGGCCGAUGCGGGCGGCAUUACCGCCGCCGUCUCUCUGUUGGGAUCACCUGACGUCAAGACAAGGCGUCAGGUCUGCGUCUGCAUUUCUACCAUCGCCAGGCACUCUGAAUCCCUCGCCCUGCAAGUGUUGGACCAACCCGGAGCAUCUCGCCUGCUGCUCUGCCUGCACGACUCAUCGCCCUCCCUACGCGCAUCAGCAGCAGCGGCAGUGAGGGAGGUGGCGAGGCAGGGACCGGCAGCAGCAGGCAGGCUGGUGGGCAUGGGGGGCAUUGGGCCGCUGCUGGAUGCUGUGGCCGCAUGGAGGGACGAGGGCGAGGGGGAGGGCGUGACAAAAGGCUCCGCCAAGGUUUCAGUGGUGGUGGCCCUCGGCUUCCUGGCAGCUUCCUCUGCUGAAGCAGCGCUGGCAGUGGUGGCAUCGGACGGCAUAUCCCCGCUGCAGGAUCUGAUAGUGGAGGGCGAUGCUGACGUCACUCUCAAAGGGGCGUGCGCCUGGGCCUUGUCUCAAAUGGCUUCCCAUGGUCCCAGCUACGCCAAGGCAGUAGCAGACAGUGGGGUGUUGAUCGACAUGGUAACAGCAGCCACCGUCCACCUCCCUGCUCCCAACCCUGCUGCCGAGCCUGCCGCUGCUGCCACGGCAGAUGGUGCAGCUGUUACAUCCACUGCUUCUGAAGGAAGUGGCCCGGCAGCGGAGGCUCGGGAGCGGUUGGUGCGGGCAGUGAAGGACGUGGUGGUUCGGGUGAAUGACAUCGAAGCUCUUGAUGCACUGCUGCAGUGGACGAAGCUGCCGGAUGGCAUACUGGAGUCUGUCCUGCAUCGCAUGUCUGUAGUGCUCGCUAAAGACAACGCUUGCCGCCCGACCUUCCUCGCGUCGAACGGCUUCACCCAUCUGCAGCGCCUGCUACAGCUGGCAGAGGCAAAAAGAGCCGCUGCUGCCGCCGCCGCCGCCGCAAACGCUGCCGCCGCCGCUGCCGCUGCGGCUGACGGUGCUAAUGCAGAGAGUCCAGGAAACCGGGCGGCGAAGGUGACCCGAUUUGAUCCUGCCUCAGUGCGCUGCAUAGAGGGCGGCGUGGAUUGGGACCUAGUGGAAGACCAUGUUUCGUCUAUCAACUCACUCUUUCCAUUUGAGGUAUCCCGAUUCUACUCAGCAGACUACCAGCAGCACCUUCUACAGAAGCUCUCAGACAGCGUCAAACCGGAGUGGGCUGCGAUAGCUACGGCAGCUGCUAGCCCCCGAGCCAUGUCGAUCAAGGCUCGGGAGGGGAGGUUCGUGAGGGGCGGGAGAAGGCCGGUUGAUGUGGAGGAGGUGGGGAGAGGGGGGUGGGAGGCUCCGGAUUUGGGGCCAGUGGUGGAAGAGGAGGGGGAGGGGGAGGAGGAUGGGGGAGAAGAGGAGGGUGGGGAGGAGUUGGAGGGGGGGAUGGGGGAAGGAGGAAUCGGUGGGGAGGGUGAUGGUGAGGGGGACGGGUGGUGGGGAGGUGAUGGGGAUGGAGGGGUGCAGCUGAUGCAGGUGCGGGUGGGGAGGAGCGGAGUGGAGCGGAUAGAAGGAGGGAGAGAGGAAGUUGGAGGUGGAGCAAGAGAAAUGGGAGGAGGAGAGGGGGGAGAAGGGGUGGCUGGAGGGGAGGGAAGAGGGAUGGAGGAUGAUGGUUCUAGUGUGCAGAAGCACCCUAGUUUGUUGACCAGUGAUGGUGGGCGUGGGGCUGGUGAGGAGAAGAGCGACAAUGCAGCAGUUGAAGUAGUGAGAGGGACUCCUCAUGAGGCGGUGGAUGGUGGUGGUGGAGUGGUGCAGCAUGUGGGGGGAGUGAAGAAUGGUACCGUAGUGAGGGGUUGA